UGAUCCAGAGAAAAGUUUUGACUCCGAGGUGCUUGUGAGGAUGCUGACCGAUGCCUGAAAGUAAGUUUCCUCUUAGUCCUACACUGCAGAGAGAACAGCAGAAAGACGGAUGAAAUAGAGUCAAAGACACUUAAGCAAAGAACUUAAGUCCUAAGUUAUCAUGGGGAGAAGACAACACACUGGAGAACAGUAACUCCAGAGGACAUUAGCGUGUGAUGUAAGAAGCCUCAGCUCUCCUUUGCGAGUGAUGACGAGUCCCCACGAGGCGGCGCUAGAACUGAGUGAGACAUUCCGACAUGCCGACAAGAGGUACAUCAUGCCGUCGGGCGUAGACAUGGAGCUUGAGAGCAGCAUGGCGGAGGAGGGACCGACCACCACCGAGCAGGAGGACCUCUCGAGGUUCCUGCUCACGGCCGAGACGCCGUACGACCGGCUGGAGAAGGCCGUGGAGCAGAACCUGACGGACGGCCAAGGCGUGAUACUCUCCAUCGAGGACUGCCAGUUCCUGCAGCAGCAGAUGGAGAACCUGAGCCUGUCCAACAUCACGUGCCUGGAACACGCGCCGCAGUUCAGCACGGAGUCGCAGGUGAAGGCCAUCGUGCUGGGCGUCAUGGCCCUGCUGUCCCUCGUCGGCAACACGGCCACCAUCGUCAGCAUCGCCAGGGAGAAGCGCCGCUCCCGCUCCACCGUGUACACGCUCAUCCACCACCUGGCCGUGGCGGACCUCUUCGUCACCUUCUCCUGCCUCACCACCGAAAGCAUCUGGACUUACACGGUGCAGUGGCUGGCCGGGAACGCCCUCUGCAAGCUCGUCAAGUUCCUGCAGAUGUUCAGCCUGUACCUGUCCACGUUCAUCCUCGUGCUGAUCGGGAUGGACCGCUUCAACGCCGUCCGCUACCCGAUGAGGCGGUCCGACACCCAGCGGCGCUGCGUCUACGGGGUCGCCUUCGUCUGGAUGCUCAGCGGCCUGCUCAGCGUCCCCCAGGUAGGUCGGCGGCCGAGGGCGGCGGCUGAGGGUCUCAUGUGGCCGCGGCGGCUGCUCUCAGCUGGCAAUUGCCCAGUCAAGUUUGAGAUAUAUUUGACAUUAUUGGGCAAGAGACUGGCGUCACUGCGGUAUUACUGA